AUGGCUAGAAUAUCCUUGGACUACUCUGCUGGUGGUUCCAUGCACAUGCAAAAGACCAUUGGAGAGGCUCGAGAGCUUAUUGAGACAGUUGCCACUAAUCAGCAUCUGUACUCAUCUCUUGAGACCUCUAUAAAAGGAGAGACACAAGUAGUCCUCCUCACUGAGGAAUGCAGUGCAAUCAUUCAGAACAACUUACUAGAGAAGCUUAAAGACCCUGGAAGCUUUAUGAUACCAUGCACUCUAGGUGAUGCUUGUACAAGGACAACUCUAUGUGACCUUAGAGCAAGCAUCAACCUAAUACCUGCUUCACUAAUAAAGAAGCUUAGUUUGACUGAUGAAGUUAAACCAACCCUCAUGUGCCUUCAACUUGUUGAUGGUUCUAUUAAGAUACCAUCAGGAGUAGUUGAAGACAUGAUUGUUAGGGUUGGACCCUUUGUCUUUCCCAAUGACUUUGUGGUAUUGGACAUGGAGGGGCACAAGAGUGCAUCCCUUAUCCUAGGAAGACCUUUCCUAGUUACAGGACGGACCCUCAUGGAUGUUGAAAAAGGGGAAGUAACCCUAAGAGUCAAUGAGGAAAAGUUCGUAUUGACUGCUGUCAAGGCUAUGCAUCAUCCAGACAUUCCUGAGGAAUUUAUGAGCAUUGACCUCAUUGAUUCCCUAGUGGAAGAGGUCAACAUGGCCGAAAGCCUCAAGGAAGGGCUAGAUGACAUCCUUGAUGAGAUACUCAGCCUGAUUCAGAGGAACCUCUAG